AUGACGACACCACCAGAAAAACCAAUUCUCUUCCACUAUCCCCAAUCCAUAUACUCCCACCGCGUCCUCUGGUAUAUCUGGCUCCGCGGAAUUACCUACGAUGAAAGCAUUCAACCCCCCAUCAUGCCCCGCCCCCUACUCUCCUCACUCUCCCUCACCUACCGAAAAAUCCCCCUCCUGGCUAUUGGAAAAGACAUCUAUCAUGAUUCACGGCUCAUCAUCUCCAAGCUUGAACAACGGUAUCCAAACAGCACGCUGACGCCGUCCACGCCGACGGAACUCGGGAUCCAAAAAUUACUCGAGAACUGGACCGUCGAUGGAGGCAUAUUUGCUGCUGCAGUCAAGCUGAUGCCGUACUGGAAUUCUGAGAGUUUGUUGCAGAAUAAGGCGUUCCUGGAUGAUCGGCAGACGCUGAUGGGGGGACGGCGGAUGAGCGCUGAGAGUAUGGAAAAGGGAAGGCCAGAGGGACUGGCGGCGUUGAGGGUUGCGUUCGAUAUGUUGGAACGGACCUUUUUUGCGGAUGGGAGGGAGUGGGUUUUGGGCAGUACAGGGCCUACGGUGGCAGAUGUAGAUGCGGUGUGGCCGUUUGAAUGGCUAGUGUGGGAUAGAGGGAUGGAAGGGAGUUUGCGGGGUGGCCUGUGUGGGGAAGAGGAGUUUCCAAAAGUUCAUGCGUGGAUACGGAGGUUUAUGGGGCUUGCGGAGCAGAGAAAGAGGGACUGUGAGAAGCCGAAGCGGUUGGGGGCCGAGGAAGUGACGCAAAGGCUUGUCCAGGCAAAGGGAGAGCCAGAAGCAUUGGAUUUCGAAGACAACAACACACUGGGUCUACGCAAAGGCGACUCAGUCGACGUCUACCCCUCUGACUACGGACAAUCCGGAAAAAGUACCGGCAUCCUCCUCGGCCUCUCCACUAACGAAGUCGUCAUUCAAAACGACGAAAAUCUUCAUCUUCACUUCCCUCGCUGGAACUUCACCAUCAAACGCAUCAGCACCAUGACAAUCCCAAAGACAAUCAACUCCAAAACCCCCAAGCUGACACUACUCUACCACCCGUUCUCCCCCUACACCCGCAAAGUCUACAUGCACGCUCAGGAACUCAAUCUUCACACACAUCUCACCCUGCAAAAAGUCGUCGUAGCCCCCAUUAAUAUCCCAGGCUGGAGCGAUGACAACGCCGCGGUCGCAGUUUACAAUCCCAUGGGUAAGAUACCAUGUCUGGUGACAGAAGAUGUGCCAGACGGCCUGUUCGACUCGAGGAUCAUAUGUGAGUAUCUGAGUGACUUGGCUGGUCAGCAGACGCAGGCAAAGAAGAAGCAGGACACCAGGUAUUGGCAAUUACACACUCUGCAUGCCGCAGCAGACGGCAUCAUGGACGCAGCAGUUCUGAUAACGUACGAAUACCGUAUUCGCAAGGAGCGAGGCCUCUACUUCAAAGAGUGGGUCGAGGGCCAAAAGACCAAGAUUACGCGGAUCUUGGAUAGGUUCGAGAACGCUGUUCGGAUGGGCGUGUUGCGCGUGCCUGGAAAGGGGGCUGCGAGUCCAGAUGAGAUUGCUGUGGCUGUUGCUCUGGCGUUGGCGAAGGGAAUGGGGGAAUUGGGGAUCGAGUGGAAUAGAGGGAGGUCCGGGCUGGCCAGAUGGAUGGAGGUGUGGGAGAAGCGGAGGAGUUUUUUGGACACGCCGCCAACGCGGGAUUGGGUGGAGGAAAUGGAGAUAUCAAAGAUUUGA